AUGGAUCGAUUCGCCAGCAGAUUCCCACCUCUUAGGAACAUGGCCGUGUGGUGCUUCAUCCUGCUCCGAUCAGUAUCCAUCCAGGACCGGACUCACAGCCACGCCGAGGAGCGCCUCUUCAAGUACCUGUUCACCAGCUACAACCGGUGGUCCCGGCCAGUCCCCAACAUCUCCGACGUCGUCAUCGUCAGAUUUGGGCUGUCCAUCGCUCAGCUGAUCGAUGUGGAUGAGAAGAACCAAAUGAUGACCACAAACGUCUGGCUGAAACAGGAGUGGAGUGACUACAAGCUGCGCUGGAACCCGGCGGACUUCGAUAAUGUCACCUCCAUCCGGGUGCCCUCUGAGAUGAUCUGGAUUCCUGACAUUGUGCUGUAUAACAACGCCGACGGGGAGUUCGCCGUGACGCACAUGACCAAAGCCCACCUCUUCUCCAACGGCAAGGUGAAGUGGGUGCCGCCGGCCAUCUACAAGAGCUCGUGCAGCAUCGACGUGACCUUCUUCCCCUUCGACCAGCAGAACUGCAAGAUGAAGUUUGGCUCAUGGACGUACGACAAGGCCAAGAUUGACCUGGAGAGCAUGGAGCGUGACGUGGACCUGAAAGACUACUGGGAGAGCGGGGAAUGGGCCAUCAUCAACGCCGUGGGCACCUACAACACCAAGAAAUAUGACUGCUGCACAGAGAUCUACCCCGACAUCACCUACUGCUUCAUCAUCCGGCGCUUGCCCCUUUUCUACACCAUCAACCUCAUCAUCCCCUGCCUGCUCAUCUCCUGCCUGACCGUGCUGGUCUUCUACCUGCCCUCCGACUGCGGGGAGAAGAUCACCCUCUGCAUCUCCGUGCUGCUCUCCCUCACUGUCUUCCUGCUGCUCAUCACCGAGAUCAUCCCUUCCACCUCGUUGGUCAUCCCCCUGAUCGGCGAGUACCUCCUCUUCACCAUGAUCUUCGUCACCCUCUCCAUCGUCAUCACCGUCUUCGUCCUCAACGUCCACCACCGCUCGCCCAGCACCCACAAGAUGCCCCGCUGGGUGCGCGCCGCCUUCCUGGACUUCAUCCCCCGCUGGCUUUUCAUGAGGCGGCCUCCGGUGCUAACCCCCCAGCAGGAGCUGAGCGGGGAGUAUGACCCGCCUGGCGUCAGGCUCAGCACCUCCAGGGGCUGGCUGGAAACGGACGUCGAUGACACAUGGGAGGAGGAGGAGGAGGAAGAGGAGAGGAGGCACCCCGGACGCGCGCCACUCCAGACAGGCUCCCACAAACACAGCGUCCAAUACCGCUCCGGCUGCGGCCGCCACCUGGGCAGGGGGCGGGGGGCCCGGGCACAGCGCCCGCCUGCCAAAGGGGACAGCUUGGGGUCGGAUCCCCACCUGCUGCUGUCCUCCAGCAUUCUGAAGGCCUUGGAGGGGGUGCACUACAUCGCAGACCACCUGCGGGCCGAGGACGCUGAUUUCUCGGUGAAGGAGGACUGGAAGUAUGUUGCUAUGGUAAUAGACCGGAUAUUCCUCUGGAUGUUUAUCAUCGUCUGUUUGCUGGGGACCAUCGGCCUCUUCCUCCCUCCCUUCCUGGCUGGGAUGAUAUAGGGGUCUGUGCCCGGCCCGGAAGGUGGUCCUGCUCCCAGACCUGUGCCCAGGGCUGGGGAAGGGACAAACUAACCCACCCUGACUGUGGAGCCACCUUGGGCUUGUCCACACUGGAGGAACAUUAUCAAGCCACGACCCCAUUUGAACUCCCGCUCGUCCUGGUAAAUACCAGCACAGCGCCAGUGCUGAAGCCACACGUCCGCUGGGCCCGUAGAUGCUCACACGCGUCUGGUUUGUACCAACAAGUGAACAGCGCCGGGCAGUUGGGGCGGGAGAACCCUACAGUGAAACCCCAACAAGAUUUUUUCUUGAGUCACUGAAACUGCUUAAAACAAAGCGGAUCAGAAGGGAACCGCCCGGGGUGCUCUGCAUUUGAAAUUAACAUGCCCGUAGCUACGUGGCAAGGGAGGAGGUGCGCCCCCUACGAUGGGAACACAUUGCUCACGUUGGUUUGGUGACAAGGUUCAUUUCAUACUGUUCCUCCCAGCCACACACAGUUACCGAGUCCACUUUAUCCCCCAGGUGCAAACAUAACCCACUGGUCAGGGUGUUAGAGAUCCCCAUCGGUAGCCUGCAGCUGGGAAGCUCUAUCUCUAGCAGCUCAUGUUUUAGCUACGGAGGUCCCCGGGUCAAUCCCCAGGGGACAGCCAUGGCAUAAGCAUCCCAGGAGUUAAUUCGGGUGAUUGGCACCCAGGUCAGCCUAGCCCAGGGAGCAACCUCACUGCAAAGCCGUGCCUGUGUCCUCACUAGCACUGCGCGGCAUGUGUGAGGCUAGGACUUGUGAGGGCACGUCCCAUGGUUCUUUGUGCUGCUCUAAGAUUCUUCUCCGUGGAGCCGGGAGAGAACUUGUCUGUCCUUCCAGGUACACAGGGGGAAUUGUGGGACUAUCAGCGGCUGAGCCCGUGUCCUCACUGCAAAGCCGGCAGGUUCCAGGCUGAAGGGAAAGCAGCACCUACCCCCUCAGCGGGGCCAGCUAACCCAGGGUGAAAUUCACUCCAGUGCUCAGGGCUAGCCCAAGAGCUAGUCACCACUUUCAGCCGUGUUCUGCCCAGAACGCCCAUUGCAGGUGAGAGCUGCCUGGAAGU